AUGCAGAGCCUCAGGCCGGAGCAGAUUCGGGGGCUACUGGAGCCCGACAGGGCCAAGACGCUGCUUCCCCGGGAGAGCAGGGCCUGGGAGAAGCGUGCCACCCUCGCCAAAGACUGGGUGGCUGUGGAGGUUGGGGCCACCAGCUGUGACGGUGACAAGAGAGGUCUGUCUUCUCAAGAGCCUGGGCUGGCCCAGGAGUGGAACGCGGUGGAGGGAGAUGACGAGUCAGAGGACUCUCAGGGCUUUGUGGAGUGGUCGAAAGCUCCACAACAAACGACCAUAGUCUUGGUAGUGUGUGUCCUGUUUUUGUUCCUGGUUUUAACAGGGAUGCCUAUGAUGUUCCACAUUUAA